AUGUCGCAGAGCUCACCGAAUCGUGCUCGAGAUCACGAUGACCCUCCGGUCCAAAAUCAUCAAGCUGUUGAAAGAAUUCGUCAGCAUGAUGCUAGCCAUGUGGCAUCUUCUAACACAAAUGCGAAGGAAGAUGCCAGGAUACCCGAGAGCUUGUACGAGAAUUAUCCCAGAUCUUUGAGAGAGCUCGCUACUCGCGCAGCAGCGGCUGGGGCUGCCUUCGGUGGAUACCACCAGCAUUCUGGCGACGGGGGAGUACAUUCGGAGAGUAGCGGCGUGCAACCUAGAGCGCCAUCAAAGGAGGAACUCUUGAGGCUUGCGAGAGGCUUCUGGACUAGAUUACGUAUCCGCUUCAAAUGGUUUACCAUUCGCGGAUUCAGGCGAUUCAAUGUCGACGAUCUGAGUGCCUUCUUCACACUGGGCGGUUUAGGUACCAUCAUUUUCAUCGUCGUCGGCACCACAACUGCUGUGUCGCUAGUGUUUGCAGCUCUGAACGCGCUGAACUUGCAAGAGUUCUUCGCCCGAAGGAUUGCAGAUUAUUUGACUUCUCAUACCGGCAUGACCGUCAUUUUCGAGUCAGCGAUCGUUCCGAAGUGGUCGACCUCGCGUAUCUCCUUCCAGAACGUGUUUCUGAGUCGUCGCGCUCAUCUCGGAGAUCCCGAGGCCUUGCGAGAGGAGCGCAGAGCAAGGCUCGAAGCGCGAGCCAAGGGUAUGGGACAAAGCAGAACAGCGCAUACAGCUGGUCAAGGAAUGGCUUGGGAGGGCACGCACUGGACAGAGCGGGAUGACGAGGAGGGCAUUGGAGAGGAAGUCGCCCCACCCAUGAGGGAAGAUGCGACAGGCGGCGAGGAUGAGGGCAACUUUACGCAAUUUGAUCUCAACGUCGACUCUAUCGACGUGACACUCAGCUUCAGCAGAUGGUGGGACGGCAAAGGCUUAGUUGAAGACGCCGUAGUCAGAGGCGUCAGGGGCAUUGUUGAUCGACGUAAUGUCCACUGGGAUUCCGACAAGCCAUACGACCCUCGCGCAGCGCGUAGAACCUCUCGGCCGGGUGACUUUGACCUCUCUUCUUUGGUGCUCGAAGAUCUGUUAGUGACAGUCUACCAACCUGGAGACUUUAGACCCUUCAACUUCAGCAUCUUCAGCGCGGUGGUACCUCGCCUGCGCAAGCAAUGGCUGUUCUACGAUCUGCUGGGUGCUGACAGCAUCACGGGGCAAGUAGAUGGCUGCUUGUUUAGCCUACACAAACCUCAGAGAGUGGGAAAGAGCACCGAAAAGGAUGCCGAGAGUCGCCGUGGCAGGUGGCGAACUCUCUCACGUGUAAGGAUUGAUGGGGUCAGCUUCGAUCAUAUUCAGAACCAAAGCGACCUGCACGGACCUGUCUCCUGGAUUAACUCCGGCAAAUUUGACGUGGUCGCCGACAUCAAGUUCCCACGCGAUCUCGACUCUGACGUUGACAUCAAUGCGAUCAUUUCGGAAAUCGUGGACAACCUCGCCCACGCUGUUUCUGGUGAUCCUUGGGAACGCGCACCAGGCGCUGGUGAUGACGACGAGCCAAUUCCGGGUCAGCAUCGAUUGAGCGGACCUGCCAUCGAAGCGCCAGUCACAGCCGUCGGUCCAGCAGCUGAAGAGGCUUGGCGGCAUUCUCAGCGUGAGAGGGAGGCUGCCCAAGAGAGCGAGGAAAUGUCAAAACGGAAAAGCCGUCGAGCUCGCUUCAGUCGGCGGCGGUGGAGGGAGAAGGAGAUCGGGUCUCACUCCGAGGACGAGACUGAGGUUGAAGGCGUCCCUUCCGUAAGCAACGAGCUCACUGCAGCCGCCCCGAUACCGCCAAGCAUUCCGCCGCCUUCGGUCGUUAUCGAUCUCGAUGUGCGCUUUCGCGACAUCAAGGCAGCUGUUCCAUUGUUUCACUCUGCUUUGGGGUAUAGAACGCAGACCUUCGUCAGGCCCAUCGUCGCCUUCAUGAAUGCCAAUCGCACAUUGAUUCCAGUGCACUGCCGAGUCGUCAUGGACUUGUCGGAAUUCAACGGGAGCAUGGACCUAGCGCAAACCGGACUGCUGCCAGUGGUGUCGGACAAGAUCUAUCAAGCACUAGCCAAUCACGUCACCAGCCAGCAAGCUAAUGGGCAGCGGCUUCGUAAUGUCAGCAGCUGGAGCUUGAGGGUAGCUGCCCAGGGUCUACUGCAGUUGGCCAGCACCAUCAGAGACAGCUUUACGCGCGCUCCUCAUCUCACCCCGCCGCCCGAGCCGGACACUACGCUGACCAAGACGCAGGCAUAGAGGCGCCGAAAAUCAGACAUUUGCGUUCGGACUCACGAUUCGCACAUCACCGCUGUGUGGACACUGGACUGACAAGGAUCGGAUGCGCUCGAUACCCACCACACGGACGCCAUAACGGGUCACUUUUGUAUUUCAUUUAUCUACACCAUCUUCGUGCGCACCAAUAUGAGGCUUGAGAUGUAGGCUUGUCUCACCAGCUAUUACAUGCGAUCAGGGUGCGUACGCAGUGAAGCCUCCAUCAACGGUCAAGAGACUGCCGGACAUGUACUCGUUGGAUGCCUGUCGGGCGGAAGCCGUGUUCACGAAACGUCGUGAGCACUGACUCUUCAUCCUGUGCGAGCUGGUGCUGCCUCAUCAGCGAGAAUGACUCACAAGGAAGAUCACUGCAGAUGCCAUUUCCUCUUCUGUUCCCGGUCUACCAACGGGAACGUUCAUC